AUGGAGAAAGACAUAGCGGCACCUGCCGACUCUAUAGCACCGAAGUCCGAGACCGUCGAGGCUUCGCACGGCUAUAGCACUUCAAACGAAGGAUCCAGAAGAAAUUCCAGCGAAUACUCAUCGGGUUCUUCUGCGUAUUCGUAUGAAGUAGACACAAGAGGUCCCUUUCAAAGAUUCAUAGACUCGUUUAAGCCGAUCAAUCUCGAAGAUGAAGGUAUCGAUACCUCAAAUUUGUCCCCAAUGGAGCAGAGCAUCGUCGCUACAGCGAAACAUCCUUUGGCCAGACGGCUUAAAUCGAGACACUUGCAAAUGAUCGCUAUAGGAGGAUCUAUUGGUACAGGGUUGUUCGUGGGUUCUGGUUAUGCGUUGGCGAUGGGUGGACCUGCCUCUGUCUUGAUUGGAUACUUGUUGGUUGGUUUCUCCAUGUACUGUGUCGUCUACGCUUUGGGUGAGUUGUCGGUUCAAUUUCCAGUUUCCGGUUCCUUUAAUGCUUUCUUUGCGAGAUUCGUCGAUCCAAGUUGGGGAUUUGUGCUUGGUAUUUUGUAUGCUUGUUCUUGGUUGGUUUCGUUUCCUUCCGAAUUGAUUGCGUGUGCUCUUACAAUCGGGUACUGGAACACUUCAAUCAGUCCAGCUGUAUGGGUCGCUAUAUUUUGGGUGGCUAUCGUCUCCAUCAACUUUUUCGGAGUGCGGGGAUACGGUGAAGCUGAAUUUGUUAUGUCUAUGAUCAAGGUUAUUGCAGUCGUUGGCUUUAUCAUCUGUGGAAUUGCAAUCAUUUGUGGUGCUGGAGAUCAAGGAUAUAUUGGAGGACGUUACUGGCACAAUCCUGGAAGUUUCAAUCAUGGAUUCAAAGGUGUUUGUUCCGUUUUUAUUUCAGCGGCAUUUUCGUUUGGUGGAUGUGAAUUAGUUGCAUUGGCAGCAGCGGAAACAGUCAACCCAAGAAAGUCUUUGCCAAAGGCGACUAAGCAGGUUUUCUGGAGAAUUUUCAUCUUCUACAUCUUGACUGCCAUUGUUACUGGAAGUUUGGUCAGCUACAAGGAUGAAAAAUUGUUGUCCAAUGACGACGUGACUGCCUCACCAUUCGUUAUUGCUAUUCAAAAUGGUGGUAUCAAGGUCUUGCCAAGUAUCAUGAACGCAGUGAUUUUGAUUGCUGUGGUUUCGGUUGGUAACUCUUCCGUCUAUGGGUGUUCAAGAACAUUGGCUUCUUUGGCUGUACAAGGUUUACUUCCUAGCGCCUUUGGCUAUAUUGAUAGAAGCGGCCGUCCCUUGAUUGCCAUCCUCUUCACAAACGCAUUUGGAUUGUUGGGAUUCUUGGUCGUGAACAACAACGAAGGAGAUGUAUUUACCUGGUUCUUUUCCGUUUGUUCCUUGUCUUCCUUCUUUACGUGGGCUGCCAUUUGCUUCACCCAUAUUAGAUUUCGUCUUGCCUUACUGGCACAAGGCAGAUCCUUGGACGAAGUGGUGUUUGUGUCACCCAUGGGAAUUUAUGGAUCAAUUGCCGGUGCAGUUAUUCUUAUUCUUAUUGUGAUUGGUGAAAUUUGGAUUUCUAUUUGGCCAAUUGGCGAACAUGCUGAUGUUGUCCAAUUCUGGCAAAACUGUCUCUCCUUACCUUUAAUGAUCGUAAUGUGGGUGGGUUACAAGACCUACACCGGAACUUGGAACCAUUUGUAUAUCAAGUUGAGAGACAUUGACCUUGACACUGGAAGGAGAGAAAUUGAUGUUGAAGUCUUGAAGCAGGAAAUUGCGGAUGAACGCGAAUUAUUAAGGACAAAACCAUUCUGGUACAGAACUUAUAGAUUUUGGUGUUAG